AUGCGCGCUGUCGAUACCGGCGGCGGCGAUGCAGCUGGCGCAGAGGGCUCGGAGUCGGGCCUCCAGGAGCGGCAGAAGAAGCGGAAGAAGGACAAGAAGGAGAAGAAGGAGAAGAAGGAGAAGAAGGCGAGGCUGCAGCACGGCGCAGACGCCGCAGAGGAGGACGAUGGCAAACAGGGCUCCGCCCGCUUGGACGCCGACGACGCGGAGUUGGAGGCCGAGCUUUUCGGGCACAGCGACGGUGAUGCUCCAAUGCCUGAGGACAGGUGGCUCAUGAAGAUCGUCGCCACUGUGGCUGCGGAGGCCGCGGAACCAGCCUGGGCGCCCGCGGUGCCGCCAUCGAUAGCGCUGCUGCAUCCACGGCGCGCUGCCCGCGCCGCGCUGGACGCCGCCCUGUGCGCGGCCGUGUGCGGGCUGGCCUGUGGGAGUAUGCGGCAGGAAGGCGUCGGCGGCUGGUGGUCGGAUCCUCUACGGAUCCGCCCGCCUCGUUCCAGGACGUCAGGAUAG